AUGGAUCUUUCUUUGAGUGUUGGCAGUGGAUCUGGCGAUGAGCAAAACACUGCAACCUCUCAUCAGACUAGAAGGAGGUCUGCUCAUCGUCACACUCCUAUGCAGAUCCAGCGACUUGAAGAGUUUUUCAAGGAGUGCCCACACCCUGAUGAGGAACAACGCAGAGAUUUAGGCAAGGAACUUGGUCUUGAACCUAAGCAAAUCAAGUUCUGGUUUCAGAACAAGAGAACUCAGACCAAGACGCUGAAUGAACGGAUAGAUAACAAUGUUCUUCGUGCUGAGAAUGAGAGAAUUCAGUCUGAGAAUUCAGCAAUCAAAGAGGCUCUCAAGAGUGUGGCCUGCCCUUCUUGUGGGGGUCCCUCCUAUGGAAAUGAAGAGCAAAGACUUGCUAUGAUGAAACUGCUCCAAGAGAAUGUCUAUCUCAAGCACGAGUAUGAAAAAGCGACAAGGCUUGUCGCAGACUAUGCUGGGAAUCCUCUGAUAGUACAAAAGGAUUUCCUAACCCUAGGAACUCCAUCACCAUCAUCACAACAUGCCAUGCCGACCACGUCCAUGUCCGAUGACAAUAGUAACAUGUUGCCAAAACAAGGCAUCAUCAACAAGGCAGUGAUGUUGGAGACAGCCAUUAGUGCCAUUGAAGAAUUAAUGAGGCUUAUGCGUGUGGAUGAGCCACUUUGGGUCAAGUCUGAAGCAUUUGAGCUCAAGGAAGGCUUCUUUCUCCCUAACCCUGAAACUUAUGAAAGGAUCUUCCAUAGGGCUCAUCACCUCCGCAAGAAGCUUAAUAAUGCUCGUGUUGAGUGUUCUAAAGCUUCCUGUGUCAUUAACAUGGCUCCUUUGCAAUUGGUUGGCAUGUUUCUUGACUCUGAGAAAUGGGCUAAUCUAUUCCCAACAAUUGUUGGAAAAGCAAGCACAUUGAAAGUACUUGAAGCUGGUUCGCUUGGGGGCAGGAAUGGAGCCUUGCAGCUAAUGCAUGAAGAACUUCACAUGCUUACAGCUAUGGUGCCACCUCGUGAAUUUGUGUUCCUUCGAGCUUGUUUCCAACCAGACAAGGCAACAUGGGUGAUAGGUGAUGUGUCAUUUGUGCCCCUCGAGGACAUCGGCGACUUUACUUAUUCUUCCUCUUGCUGGAAGCUUCCCUCUGGAUGCAUGAUUCAGGAAUUGCCCAAUGGCUUCUCCAAGGUAACUUGGGUGGAGCAUGUGGAAGUGGAACAUGAAAGCCUGAUAGUGCACAUGUUGUAUAGAAACCUGGCAUUUAGCAGCAUUGCUUAUGGAGCUGAGCGAUGGGUUGUGGCAUUAGAGAGAAUGUGUGAGAGAAUUGGUUACACCGUAAGCCCUCACAUUGCUCUUGAUGGUGAAGCUGCUUCAGCGAUGGGCGUUGUACCUGAAGGAAGAAGAAGCUUGAUGAAGCUAGGGCAUCGCAUGAUGAGGAGCUUCUGUGGAGUGAUGAGCAUGAAUGAAACAUCAUGCGAAGAGUUUGAGGAGAUAAGUGAUGAGAAUGAGACUGGAAUCAGAAUGUUCAUUCGUCACAACCUGGAGAGAGGUCAGCCCCAUGGCAUCGUUCUCACUGCUGCUUCUCCUAUUUGGCUCCCUCUUUCUCCCAACCGCAUCUUCCACUACCUCCGCGACAUCGCUCGCCGGUUCCAGUGGGAUGUUCUUUGCAAUGAAAAUGAAGAGCAAGAGGUUGUGCGCAUCUCAACUGGAACUCAUCCUGGAAACUACAUAUCAAUUAUCCAGACACACAAUGUGGACGGCAGCGUUGCGAUUCUUCAAGAAACUUGUGUAGAGCCGAUGGGUUAUGUGCUGGUGUUUGCUCCCGUGGAUAAGCUGACGAUCAAUGGGGUGAUGCAAGGGGAGGAUUCGGCCGCCGUGUCGAUACUGCCGUCGGGCUUUGUGGUCAUGAAGGACGACGUGGGAAUAUCCAAUGGCGGCGGAAAGGACGGUGGUGGUUCAUCUCCCGGCGAUGGGUCAAUACUGACAAUGACUAUGCAGAUUCUGGUGAGUAGCAGUGUGGAAACGAAGAGCUUGAACAAGAAGAGUGUGGCUACGGUGAACGAACUCGUGAACACCACUCUCAACAAGAUCAAGUUACUUUCAAAUUACUACAUCGGAUACAGUAACUACUUUGCUUUCAUAUUGAUUCAAAUCUCAGCUAAGAACUACACUUUAUUGCUCUGCCGUUCUCUCCGCCGGCAACAAAAUCCCCCUUUUAGUGUUCUCUCCGACGUCACUGCCUUCUUAUUCUCCGCUGCAUCGUUUGCUGGCUUCUCCUACGGCAUUAUCGCUCAGAUGGGGUCUUAA